CUCCAGAAAACCAGGCACUGGUAAGGGGAAGAGCAACAUGUUGCGCACUUUGGUUUUCAGUUGCUCUGCAUGCACACUCAGGGCGUUUAUAACUAUUGUCCUGGCUGCAGAAGAAUUUUAAUCCAUAAGUCUCACGUUGUGCAAGCAAGAAAUUGAUCCUGGACUACAUUAAAGCAACUACUCUACAAGAGGACAGCACAAUCUGGGCCUAUAGCUCAACAUAGCCAGCAGUUUUAUCCUUUAAUGACACUGGACAGAAUGACAAGGUAUUUCACAUUGUGGGUAUUUUGUGGCACAAUGUGCUCCCUUCUGCUGGCUGUAGGGGCAUUUGAGUGCUCAGAGAAGGAAAAGUUGCUGAAACUGAUCCCCAGCACGGUGACACAGCUAACAGACUGUUUAAUGGAGUGCACUGGGAUGAUGUUCAUCAGAAAACUGCAACUUCAGGAUAAUCGUAACAUACGGCUUAAAGAUUCCACAGAAGGAGACCUUGGGGAAUACUGUUGGUCUAUGGAGCUCAAGUGCACUAUUGGAGAGAGUUUUCAGAAAGCCUAUGUGGUGUUGCCUGUGGAUAUAUCUUCAGUUGGACCUGAGAUACUGGAAGUCAAAGCCACUGCCCCCACUGCCACCACACUGCAUGCACACAACAGCCCUGCCACAAUCGCAGAGAACUGUGGCCUCCAGUACGACGUCACUCAGCACUUCAGCACGGAGAGGAUGGGGGCUUCAUUCUGCAUACAAGUUGUCACCAAGGAAGAUGUCAUGGGGGACAAAGUUCUUAAAUGUCCUCCCUAUCUGGUCACCUUCUGGCAGAGGAAUCCAAAUCAGUCCAACCAAGAAGGUGGAGGAUAAAAUCUCAGUGAUGGAAAAAGCACUCAGAUCUUUUACUUAAGUAAAAGUACCACACUGUAAAAAUACUAUUACAUAUUAUAUCAUUAGAUAAGUCAUGCAUUAAUGCAUAAGCUUUUUAUUGUUGUAGUUGGUUGAGGUGCAGCUAUUUUUUAAUUAUUUUGUAUAAGGCUGCAACAAGAAAAUGGAAAUACUCAAGUACUUAAAUUUGUGCUUAAGCACAGGACUUGAGUAUAUGUUACAGUCCACCACUAAUUGUCAGAAUAUCGGUUUGCAGUGAGGUUUAUUUAACAUGCUAAAUAUGUUGUUAGCACACUUAAAACCCCCUCUGAAUAUUUAAGUCCUGCUUGUAUUAUAACUAUAACACAUAAAGUAACUUGUAACUAAUUCAUAGUUAUAUACCACUGGCUUACACAUUUACUAGUUUGGCUUUAUUUUCCUUCUUUGCUCUCACCUAACUCUAUUACCAGUGUGGAUAGCACAUGUGAUCAGUGAUUUAUUCAAAAGCAACCAGAGUGAUGAAAAAGUUCUGAUAAAUGAUGUAAAUAUGAUCUGUUAAUGGUUGUAAGUUUUAUAGCAAUAUUAAAAUGUUUUAUUUUCCCUU